AGGAGUUCGAGACCAGCCUGAGCAACACAGUGAGACCCCGUCCAUACCAAAUAUUAAAAGAAAAAGAAAAUUGGCAGGAGACUUAAAACACGCACUCGUUGAAACAGGAGAAUCCAAUGGCCAAGGAGCCUCUGAAAAAUGCUCAGUCUCCACUGCUGAGAAAACACAAAGCAACAAAAGCCGCCAUCCUUCCGCCACCAGAGCAGGGUGUGAACAGAGAGCGAGGUCCGCCUAACUCCUUGGGAAGGGGUGGCCUCACCCCCUGGGAAGACGCACGUCCCUGGGUCCCAGCGACUCCAUUCAGUUCUGCUCCCACAGAGGUGUGCCGCGGGGACGCUACCACAGGGCCCGAGGGUGUCGCUGGAAGCUAAGCUGGCGGCAGACCUGCGCCUCCUGCAGCAGCAAAGCGAACGCAGAGAACAGCGGCUGCCACGCGGCUGCACCGCACACAGCUGGCACAGCGGCCUGACGCCAUGUCCGUGAGGACUGGAAGAGGCAGCACUAACUCCUCAGGGAGACACUGCUGGUAAAACCAGAGGGAGACGGGGGAGCGGCCAGCCUGCAGCGGGGACAGUUGGGGACAGAGUGUUCUCCGUGGAACCCGUGGCUGGAUGUAUGCAUGCACGUUCCUCAGUGUCCUUCCAGACUUCAAGAGGUUUAAAAAUGUAUAACCUGCUUGCCAAGAUCCUGUUGAGGCUCCCCUACCACAUGGAGCUCGCCCCGAGGCUUACACAGAGUCCUGUUAACUCCCCUCCCCCCCACAUGGCGAGGGGCUCAGGGGCGGCGGGUGUGCCCGGCUCCAGCCUCAGCCCCAGGCAGCAGCCACACGGACACAGAGGCCCCACUCGGGGACCUUUCCCGGGAAGAGGCCGCCCGGCUGGCCCUGGGGCCCCUGCUGAGUCUGCACUUUCCGCUGUGUAAACUUACCUGUGGAUCUUUCUGGGUGUGGACUUUCUCCCUGCGGAUCUAUAAUUUCUCAGAACAGAAGCCGAGAAACGACCUGGGGAACGAUCGAUUCUCAAUAAAGGGAAGGAGAAGCGUGUCCCUAGCACCGGCACGGGGGACCCGCCCACGGGACCGGAUACCCUGGAGACUGGGGGUGUGGGUCACUGCCCCGCCUACCUGGUCCGCGCCCACAGUGCCUCUUCCAGCUCCUUCCGAGCACAUGAUCCCACCCCCCAGAGUGAGGGGGCAGGGCCACCGACAGCCAGAGAGGGGUCCUCGGGGAUGUGCAGGGGACAGGCAGGCAGGACGAUGGCCGGGCCCCACCUGCUCAGGCCCGGAAGGAGGCAGUGACCAGUGGAGACGGGGUUCAAGCAGGACAAGGAGGGCCGGGGGAGGCGCCGGGCCUCUGCGGGCAAGAGCAGCCUUCUUCCCCGGCCCGGCUGAGGGCGACCACAGGCCAGGCCACCCCCACUUCCCUGCCUGCCUCUCCCCAGGAAGACAGGGCUGGGAAAGCAAACACAGGCGCCCGGUGUUCCUGCCCAGUGUUCCUAGAAGAGGCUUGGGGGUGGGGCAGUGGCCAGACACCAGCUGACCCUGAGGUCACAGGAGGCUGAGACAGGCCUGGGCCCUGGACAGCCCCUGAGCCCGGGAGCCCAAAUGGUGACCCCCUCUGGGGAGAGCGGGUGGGCACCACACAGGGGGCACAUGGGGAAAGGGGGUGGCGCCCACGGAGGCCAACAGUCAUGGCUCAGCCUGGGAAUGGAUCCCCAAGACCUCAGAGCCACCCGAGGGGUCCCUGCCCAUGAGUGGGAACGGGCAAAGCCCUGGGUUCCCCAGACCUGCCUCGAGCACCAGCCCACUCCCAGGGGGCCCCACCCCCACCUGGCUGCCCAGCCCCGCCCCAGCCAGCUCCGCAGGGAAACGGGGACCGGUGCCUCGGGUCAGAGGCGGCUUUGGGUGGACUCUCGCCCACACCGUCUGCACCAGUGCUGGCUGCCCGGCACGAGGGGGUUAACGGGGCUGGGGCCAGCUGGGCCGGGCCUGCGGCCGACAGGCACUGGCUGCCCCGGGGCCGGCACGGCAGACGCUCUCACUGCAGCCCACAGCCCGGUCUGCACACGCAAUGGCCCUGAGGAAAGCAGGCCUGGCGCUGGCGCUGCUGCUGGCGUGCGGGGCAGCGCUGGGCCACCAGUGCCCGGCCGCCUGCACCUGCAGCUCCGGCGACGACGCGGACGGGCUCGGCGUCUUCUGCAGCUCGAGGAACCUCACGCAGCUGCCCGCCGGCAUCCCCGCCGGCGCCAGGGCACUGUGGCUCGACGGCAACAACCUCUCCUCCAUCCCCCCGGCCGCCUUCCAGAACCUCUCCAGCCUGGACUUCCUCAACCUGCAGGGCAGCCAGCUGGGCAGCCUGGAGCCGCAGGCGCUGCUGGGGCUGCGGAACCUGUACCACCUGCACCUGGAGCGGAACCAGCUGCGGAGCCUCGCGGCCCACACGUUCGCGCACACGCCCGGCCUGGCCUCGCUCAGCCUCAGCAACAACCUCCUGGGCAGGGUGGAGGAGGGGCUCUUCGCGGGGCUCGCCAACCUCUGGGACCUCAACCUCGGCUGGAACAGCCUGGCGGUGCUGCCUGACACGGCCUUCCAGGGCCUGGGCAACCUGCGCGAGCUGGUGCUGGCCGGGAACAGGCUGGCCUACCUGCAGCCGGCGCUCUUCUGCGGCCUGGGCGAGCUGCGCGAGCUGGACCUGAGCAGGAACGCGCUGAGGAGCGUCAAGGCCAACGUCUUCACGCGGCUGCCCAGGCUGCAGAAGCUCUACCUGGGCCGCAACCUCAUCGCCGCCGUGGCCCCGGGUGCCUUCCUGGGCAUGAAGGCGCUGCGCUGGCUGGACCUGUCCCACAACCGCGUGGCCGGCCUCCUGGAGGACACGUUCCCGGGCCUGCUGGGCCUGCACGUCCUGCGCCUGUCGCACAACGCCCUGGCCGGCCUGCGGCCCCGCACCUUCAAGGACCUGCACUUCCUGGAGGAGCUGCAGCUCGGCCACAACCGCAUCCGGCAGCUGCCCGAGCGCGCGUUCGAGGGCCUGGGGCAGCUGGAGGUGCUCACGCUCAACAGCAACCAGAUCCAGGACAUCAAGGCAGGUGCCUUCCUCGGCCUCCUCAACGUGGCCGUCAUGAACCUCUCUGGCAACUGUCUCCGGAACCUUCCGGAGCAGGUGUUCCAGGGCCUGGGCAAGCUGCACAGCCUGCACCUGGAGGGCAGCUGCCUGGGCCGCAUCCGCCAGCACACCUUCACCGGCCUCUCGGGGCUGCGCAGGCUGUUCCUCAGGGACAACGGCAUCUCCGACAUCGAGGAGCAGAGCCUGUGGGGCCUGGCCGAGCUCCUGGAGCUGGACCUCACCUCCAACCAGCUCACGCAGCUGCCCCGCCGGCUCUUCCAGGGCCUCUGCAAGCUGGAGUUCCUGCUCCUCUCUCGCAACCGGCUGUCGGCGCUGUCCGCGGAGGCCCUGGGCCCCCUGCAGCGGGCCUUCUGGCUGGACGUCUCGCACAACCGCCUGGAGGCGGUGGCCGAGGGCCUCUUCUCGCCACUGGGGCGGCUGCGCUACCUCAGCCUCAGGAACAACUCGCUGCAGUCCUUCGUGCCACACCCUCCCGGCCUGGAGCGCCUGUGGCUCGAGGGCAACCCCUGGGACUGCCGCUGCCCCCUCAAGGCGCUGCGGGACUUCGCCCUGCAGAACCCCAGUGCCGUGCCCCGCUUCAUCCAGGUGGCCCCCGAGGGAGAUGACUGCCAGCCCCCCGUGUACACCUACAACAACAUCACCUGUGCCGGUCCCCCUGGCGUCGAGGGCCUCGACCUGCGGGACGUCAGUGAGGCCCACUUUGCUCACUGCUGACCCCGGGGCUCCUGGCUGUGGUCCCCUGCCUGGCUCGCCCCGGCCAGACGCUGCCCUGUGGUCAGGACAGGUCCUUGCUGUCCUCAGAAUGAGGAGCUGUGAAGAACGGUCCCCAGGCUGUGCCAGCCUGAUGGGGUGAGGGGGGUGGGCAUGGCAGUCCCCCUGCUGUCACCAAUUAAAGGAGGACAACACACCGAA